AUGUCAUUCACGGACGAAGCUCUCAAAGCCAAGCUCUCCACCCUAAAUGAGACGCAGGAUAGCAUCGUGUCGGUCUCACAAUGGAUCAUGUUCCAUAAACGACACGCGGACCGCAUUGCCAGCUACUGGUUGACCCGACUUCGUGAUGCGCCACCCCCGAAGCGACUAAACUUUAUCUACUUGGUCAAUGACAUCGUGCAAAAUGCACGAGCACGCAAACGCGCCGAAUUCCCGGAUGCUUUUGCAGCGUUGAUGCCCGAAGCCAUCCAAACCGCCUACAGAUCCAGUCCGCCCGAGAUCCAAACCAAGAUCCGGCGCGUCGUUGAAGUCUGGCGGAAUCGGAAUGUCUUCGAAACCCCCAUCCUGGAGGCAAUCGAGGCCCGAACCGAUGAAGUCGACAAGUCAAAGGGCUCUUCAGGGAAGAAGACCCUCAUGGGUCAGUCUCUCUUCACCUCCACGUCGUCGACCGGCAUGCCGAAAGAAAUAGAAAGCCUCGCACCGCUCCAGAUCGCCGUCACCAAGGAGACCAUAUCCGCCCGUCCGGCCAUCGACACGGCUCAGGCCGAAUACAUCAAACUGAACGACCCGGCUGCUGCACUGCCAAGUCCUCCAGUUCACGCAGCCCGCUUAUCCAGCCUCAUCAAAUCGCUCGCUGCUGCGGAGUCAUCAGUCUCAGCAAGCAUCAAAGCGCGAAAGGCCUUGGUCGCCGACCUCGAACGGAUACUGGAAAUCAACAAGGCGGCGCUCGCGAAGGACGAACAAACAUAUCUCGAACUCGACAGCCGCAAAACCAGCACGGACGCAAAGAAAAGAGAAGUCGAGGACGCCAUUAUCCGCGGUCUCUCGUCCGUCGAAGGCCCCGCAGACACCACUCUGCCCGGCAUCAGCGCGAUCGGCGACGACAUCCUCUCUCCGGGGCUCGACCACAGCGCAGCAGCAGGCGACGGCGGCUUUGGCCGACCUGAGAUCGAAGAACUCACGCCCGAACGAGACCUAGACGGGGACGAGCAGGGCUUCAUGGGCUAUAACCCCUCGGAGCCACUGGCCGCGACACCGACACACCAGGCGCCAAUCCCCAACAACCCGGCCGUCGCGGCCGUUCUCGCCGGCUUCGGCAGCCCCUCCGCUCCGCAACCAAGUGACUACAGUCCGACCCAGGGCAUCAGCGGCUACGGCAGCAACGUCUCGCGCGUGCGCUCGUUCAGCGGGAGCGGAGGGGGCAUCAACGGGCUGAGUGCGAAGAGACGCAAGCUCAGCCACGGCGAGGACGAGAUGGUGCCUGAUCUGGGCGAGAUGGGCAUGGAGGGUUUUGGCCAGGCGUCUUCUUUUGCGGUGGGCGACUACGGCGGCGGCGGCAGCAACAGCCAUGGAGAUUUCCUGCAGAGCCUUGAUGAGGAUGUCGACGAGUUGUUGAGGCAGGAAGGUGGUGGUAGAUGA